UAAAAAGGCAGACGUAUGUCUUUCCUCCCCAACCCGAUUCGCUUCCGCCAACGCCUCCGCUCGCCUUCACCCUGCUUCUUGUGCUUGUUCUUCGAUUUCUCCCCCAAAGAUUCCUUCCGCGUGCGGCUGAUUGCUUGCUGCGCUUCCUCGUCAUUGGUGUCGGCGAUCUCACCGCCGGCCGCCGGAGACAGCGAGCCGGACCCUCAUCCCACCGAGGCCGCAUCUCCCCGUGCGUGAGGUGAUUGGAUUCUUCCUCUCCUGGCAGUUGCUCCUCUUCAGCGUGCAAAUUCAGUCCCGGUUGACGCCACAGGAAUUGGCACCCGAGAUUCUUUUUUCUUCCUUUGCCUUUGUGAGGUUUCACUGAAUCCCGAUGCCCAACAUUACGGCCGCCGCCCCAGCCAGCUGCUCGCCAUGCGGGGCGAUUCUGGCGAGCAGAGCUCCUCGCCGCGGGGUCGUUAAAGCAUAUCCUGAGAAGAGGUUGGUAGCAGAAAAUGUGAGGGUGCAAAACAUGCAUAGGAAGGAACUAGAGACUAGAAUAAGGAAUCAGCUGCAGAGACCUGAAUUGCCACCUUCUUCAUACGACACUGCAUGGGUUUCGAUGGUGCCCUUGCGGGGUUCUCAUCAGUCUCCAUGCUUCCCACAAUGUGUUGAGUGGAUAUUGCAGAACCAAGAGGAUGAUGGAUCUUGGGGUGUCAAUCAAUUUGACUCAUCAGUCAACAAGGAUGUUCUUUUAUCCACGUUGGCAUGUGUUAUUGCAUUAAAGAGAUGGAAUGUUGGCAGGGAGAACAUCAGGAGAGGACUGCAUUUCAUUGGGAGAAAUUUCUCAGUCGCUAUGGAUGAGCAGACCACUGCUCCUAUAGGUUUCAACAUCACUUUUGCCGGUAUGCUUAGACUCGCCAUUGAUAUGGGUUUGGAAUUUCCUAUAAGACAAACCGAUGUCCAUGGUAUUCUUCACCUCCGGGAGAUGGAAUUGAAAAGACAGGCUGUGGACAGUUCUUAUGGAAGAAAAGCAUAUAUGGCUUAUAUCGCGGAGGGGUUAGGAAACAUGCUGGAUUGGGAUGAAAUUAUGAAGUUUCAGAGGAAGAAUGGAUCAUUGUUCAGUUGCCCUUCCACAACAGCUGCUGCAUUAAUCCACAAAUACAAUGAUCAAGCCCUUCAAUACCUAAAUUUGCUUGUCAGUGAAUUUGGCAGUGCAGUACCAGCAGUGUAUCCUUCUAAAAUACAUUGGCAGCUUCUAAUGGUGGAUGCGCUUGAAAAAAUGGGAAUCUCUCAGCGCUUUGUCAGCGAAAUAAAAAGCAUCCUGGACAUGACAUUCAGUCGCUGGUUACAGAAAGAUGAAGAAAUCAUGAUGGACAUAGCGACAUGUGCAAUGGCAUUUCGCCUUUUAAGGAUGAAUGGUUACGAUGUUUCCUCAGAUGAGCUGUCUCAUGUUGCUGAAGCUUCCACUUUCUGUGAUUCACUUCAAGGAUAUUUAAAUGAUACAAAAUCCCUACUGGAAUUGUACAAGGCUUCAAAAGUCAGCUUAUCAGAAAAUGAUUUGAUCUUAGAUAGCAUAGGAUCCUGGUCAGGCAACUUAUUGAAUGAUAAGCUGUACUCUAAUAGGGCACAAAAAACCCCGAUUUUUGGAGAGAUGGAGUAUGUUGUUAAGUUUCCCUUCUAUGCCACACUAGAGCGUUUAGAACACAAGAGAAACAUCGAACAUUUUGAUGCUUGGGGUUCUCUGAUGGUAUCGACAAAAUGCUCGUCUUUUCGUGUCAAUCAAGAAUUUCUAGCUUUGGCUGUUGAAGAUUUCAGUUUCUCUCAAUCUGUUUACCAGGAUGAACUUCAGCAUCUUGAUAGUUGGGUGAAGGAGAACAAGCUGGACCAACUACAAUUUGCUCGGCAGAAAUUGACAUAUUGCUAUCUGUCUGCUGCUGCUACCAUAUUCCCUUCUGAAUUGUCUGAUGCUCGCAUUUCAUGGGCCAAAAAUGGUGUUCUCACAACUGUGGUUGAUGACUUCUUUGAUGUUGGGGGAUCAAAAGAAGAAUUAGAAAACCUGAUAGCAUUAGUUGAGAAAUGGCAUGAGCACCAUGCAGAUAAGUUCUACUCAGAGCAAGUAAAGAUAGUGUUUUCUGCUAUUUAUGCAACAACAAACCAGCUUGGAGCAAAGGCUUCAGCAGCACAAGGCCGCGACGUUACAAAACACCUAGCAAAAAUUUGGCUAGAUCUGUUGAGGUCUAUGAUGACGGAAGCAGAAUGGCAGAGAAGCCAGCAUGUAACAACAGUUGAAGAAUAUAUGACAAAUGCUGUUGUCUCGUUUGCACUGGGCCCCAUUGUACUCCCAGCAUUGUAUUUUGUUGGGGAAGAGCUCUCAGAGCACGCUGUCAAAGAUCAAGAGUACAAUAAAUUAUUUAGGCUAAUGAGCACUUGUGGCCGGCUCCUUAAUGACAUCCAAGGUUUUGAGAGGGAAGGCAGCGAAGGGAAGCUGAAUAGCGUUUCACUACUUGUUCACAGUGGCAGUUCUGUGUCCAUAGAAGCGGCUAAGAAGGUGAUACAGAAGUCCAUAGACACGUCUAGGAGAGACUUGCUAAGAUUAGUUCUCAGGAAAGAAAGCAUUGUUCCUAGGCCAUGCAAGGAGCUCUUCUGGAAGAUGUGCAAGAUUCUUCACCUGUUCUACUUUCAAACCGAUGGAUUUAGCUCUCCGAAGGAAAUGGUCAGUGCAGUUAACGCAGUCAUCAAUGAGCCACUCAAAAUCCAACUGGAUGAUUCAUCCUUGAACAUUUUAUCAGAAAAAUGAGGACCUCCUGCAUUCUAUAUAUCAAGUUCAUAUGAAUCAGAGGCAGCAGCAGGCCAACAGCUAGUAUCAUACAUUAUAAUUUGGUUGGUGUAGCGAUGUGCAACAUAGGUUUUUCCGGCUGCUACCUUGUUGUACAUGUAUCUUGUGCAUAGAUCAUGGUCUUAUGAAGACCUUUUGAUUCUUUGAUAGUGAGAGUUCGUUGUUCUCUUUCGCAAAAUUUUGUCAAAAACUUAGGGUAUUCUGGGAGUUUCUGACCAAAAUCCCAAACCUAUUCGCAGCUCCUUUCCCCUUAACAUCAGUAGUAAGAUGUGUUAUUGGGCUGUUAUCCCAUUACGAUAAGGACCAUGUUGUGUCACAGUCUCACAGAUGAGGUUUCCUUUGCAAUCCCAA